GGGAAGGCCUUGUGAGCUGGAGGGACUGUUUCUUUUUGUUUUCAGACGUAGUUUGCAACCAGUUUAUAUGAUCUCCAUCUAGGGAAUCCCUGAGAACAUUUCCCGUUGUUGAUGUGAGCGUUGUACUUUGAGUAAAUCUUAUCUGACUUCCUGGAUUGAAUUUCAAGUCAACGGGAGGGAGCCGUCCGUUUCCUUUCCGCGCCUACCAUGAUUGCUAUUCGGAAUCAGUUGCAGAAGGAUGUUUUCACACCACAGGAGGAGAGGUUGUUGGGUUUGGUCUUCGUCUGGAAAGCUGGAAAGAAGCGGAAAAGCUGCAUCUUGUGCGCCGCAGUGUCAACUGAUCGUCCAUAUCAAGCUUCCCUAGUGAAAUUUAAAAAAGCUGAUAAAGGUGAUGUGUACAAACAAGUGGCUUGGUGGUCAUUCGAGGAUCUGAUACUUGUUGAUGGAAAGGAUGCAGACAAGGAUAAUCCUGAAUUUGAUUUGCAAUUUGAUAAAGUAUACAAGUGGAUUGCCAGUAAUUCUGGAGAGAAAAAUAAUUUCAUGUCAUGUCUCUUCAAACUCAACCAUCGUUAUCUACACAACAGGAUUAAGUUUGUAAACAUCAAUUCACACAUAUUGGAAGAGAGUCUGCGCCCUGCAGUGGAGCAGCACAAAAGAGGGCGAGUUGCAGAGGAAGAAGACAUAGAUGUUUACCAAGAAUUGACAUCGAAAGAGGCAUUUGAUAUUGAGAAGUUAAUGGAGCAAUUUGAUCAGUCUAUUUCCAAUUCAGAAGCUUUUGCGGAGAAAAUGAGUAAAGAUCUCCAAGUGUUAGAUGAGGAAAACAUACGGUCAAUCAUUGUGUCCGAGAAGCAAGUAACUGAAAUGAUGGAACUGAUUGAUGUGGCUCUUGUUGAAGUGAGGAGCAUUGAGCAGACCCUUCAAACGUACGAAGAGUUGUUACAGAGUGUUAAAGAACAGAUGGAUCAUAUUCACCAAAGCAAUUACCAAUUACAAGUCAUUGAUUGUAACCAACAAAAACUUUUAGAGGAAGUCAUUUUUCUUGUGAAUAAGUUGGACCUCGAUAAAGAACAUGAACAUGCAUUAAGAGAUGGUGAUCUGUGCACACCUGAAAAUUUACAGUCUUGCAUUCUUGCUGUUGAAGCUCUGAAUAAUUGCAUGAAUGUUAAGUUGUUUCCAGGCCAUCGGAAACUGGAAAGUGUGGUAGAACAAUUAAUAAAGUUUGAAACUUUACGGCAGCUAUUUGAAAGUCGAUUCAUACAGCAUAUUAAUAAUUUAUUUGUACUACAGGGAAAUGACCAAAACAUUGGCUUGUUGCAACAGUCGGGAGAGCUAAUCUUGCCCAUCCAUAAGCAUUUUCAUGAUGAAUUAUUGCCAUAUAGCCCUCUAAUGGCUUGGAUUAAAAACAACAGCCCUGCUAUUUUUACUGAUUUAUCAAAGGUGUAUUCAGGAAGCAUUAGAAAACUUUAUGAAAAACAAACCAAAGAAUUUUUUGAUGUGGUGAAGUUUAAAUUAACUGGAACAAAAGAAGGCAUGAGAUUCAGAAUUCAGGAAAGUUUUGAAAAGCUGACUGCUUCUACAUCCAAUCUACAGAAAACACUUUUCAGAAACUCUUUAUAUGAACAUUUAGGAUCAGAAACUGACAUUGCAGAUCGUCGAAUGAUGGACAAGGCAAAGGAUGAAGAGGAUAAAGAAUGGAGCAUUUCUACAUUUUGUACACAGAUCAUAGAUCAUGUAUUAGCAGAACUGGAACCCAUAUGUAUUGCAGAGGAGGAAUUUAUCACCAAAUUCUUUAUGAUGACAGAAGACACAUGCAGUGAAACACCACAGUUGUUGGGGAGUAAGUGUGAUCUCGAUCAUGCAGUUAACGAGGAUUCAACGGAAAGAAUACAAACUUAUCGAAGUGCCACAGAGCAGGAAGAUUCUGGUAUGAGCACUAAAAGAAAAAUUAUGAAUGAAAUUUUUAAUACUCUUGAACAAGAUCUAAAGGGGUUUGUAAAUCUGUGUGACAAGAUCAACCCUUCCAACACCCUGCAUUUGCUGGUCGUAGUGAGCCAGCGGGCACUGAUAACUCAAGAUUGUGACCGUUGUUCCUUUAUCAAAUCUACCCUAGGAAACAUUCUGGUGCACAUUAAACGCAACUUUGACAAAUGCAUUUCUACUUUGUGUAAGCAAAUAGAUGAAGCCAAGGUCCCAAAGAAGACGAAGAUUGGUAUUCUGCCAUUUGUUAUUGGAUUUGAGGAGUUUGUAACUGUUGCUGAAGCUAUCUUUAAGAAUGCUGAGAGAAGAGGUGAUCUGGAUAAAGCUUACAACAAAGUAAUUGCAGCAGUCUUCACCAGUAUUGAAAAUAUUGCCUCAAUGAAUGUGAAGACUCCACCAGAUGUGGUUAUGAUGGAGAAUUUUCAUCAUAUUUACAGCUUCCUCUCUGAAUUGAAAAUCCACAGUCUUGAAGAAAGGAAAAAGGGAGCUUCUCAAAAAUAUUCAGAACGUCGUGAUCUCUACGUUACUAAAUACUUGGGACGGCCUUUGGAGAAACUAAAUAUCUUCUUUGAGGGAGUCAAGGCUCGUAUUGCACAGGGUGUCAAAGAGAAUGAAGUUAGCUAUCAACUGGCAUUUAGCAAACAGGAGCUAAGGAAAGUGAUUGAAAAAUAUCAAGGAAAAGAGGUAAAGAAAGCACUGGAAAACCUCUACAAAAAAGUGGUCAAACAUCUAAGUGAAGAAGGAAACCUGUUACAGGUCGUGUGGUAUACAAUGCAAGGAGAGUUUGUCCGCCAGUACAAGGAGUUUGAAGAAAUGAUUGCUCGGUGUUAUCCCGGCUCUGGAAUAACCAUGAAUUUCACAAUAGAUGAUAUUCUGCAGUAUUUUCUUGAUAUAACAAAGGCAAAUUAACUACCACCUGUUUAAUAUUGUGUGCAGCUCCUUUUCAAACACAAAAUACGUUAAAUUAUCAUUCAAGAUUUGAAAUAUUUCACUUGUAUAUUGUUAGUUAUGCAAAAUUUUAAG